ACACUUUUUUGUUGGUCUCGGUUUAUGGAGAUAUUAAUCAUAAAUGACCAAGCAAAAGUAAAACAGGAACGAAGGGGCGCCGCUUGUAACUGCAAAGUGCGUUCGGAAAUGACUUGGGGUUUUGCAAUAUCGACUCAUGCGCCGAGGAGAACACUCAGCAAAAAGUUACUUCUACCGGUUCCAACAUGUCCCGGGCGAUUCUGGGGAAAAGGAACAUGUCAGUCUUUGCUUCCAACUUGUUGAUUUGUUGAAAGUCAACGUCAUCGGCGUGUAUUUAAACCUCUUCCUCCCAUGUCUGAUAUUUACAUACGGCAGCCCGCAUUUCCACUGGUUUGGUUUUAUUUGGGGGGGAGGGGGGUGCCUUGCUCACUUCCAAGAGCCGAGAUGGCUCUGCCGGACAGUCCUUGCGAUCUCCCCAACGGAGAGACUGCUUUCCCGGCCGUGGUGGAGCUGAAUGUGGGUGGGCAGGUGUAUGUCACCCGGCACCGCACUUUGGUAGCGGUGCCCGACUCUUUGCUGUGGGACAUGUUCAGCCGCAGAAAGCCCAAAGAUUUGCCCAAGGACAGUAAGGGUCGCUUCUUCCUGGAUAGGGACGGCUUCCUAUUCCGUUACAUCCUGGACUACAUGAGGGACCUCGAGUUGAUUCUGCCCGAUUACUUCCCCGAGAGAUGCAGGCUGCAGAGGGAAGCGGAGUACUUCCAGCUCCGGGAGCUAGUGGGCCAGCUGAGCGCUAAGGAUGGCAAGGCGGGCGGGCGCUGGAGGAGCGGCCAGGAGGAAGGGGACAGAGAUGCGGACAAGCCCAGCCCGGCCACACCGUCGCUCCCGCUGGCCUCCAGCGCUUCUCCGUCCUCGGACGGCACCCAAGCCAGGAGAUCGGGUUACAUUACCGUGGGCUACCGGGGCUCAUACACCAUCGGCCGGGACUGCCAAGCCGACGCCAAGUUCAGGAGGGUGGCGAGGAUUACCGUGUGCGGCAAAACCUCUCUGGCCAAGGAAGUGUUCGGGGAGAACCUGAACGAGAGCCGGGACCCCGACCGCCCGCCCGAGAGGUACACGUCCCGUUACUACCUCAAGUUCAACUUCCUGGAGCAGUCGUUUGACUUGUUGGCCGAGGCUGGGUUCCAUAUGCUGGCUUGUAGCUCCACCGGGACCUGCGCCUACGCCAGCGACCAGGGAGAGGACAAGAUCUGGACCAGUUACACCGAGUAUGUCUUCUGCAGAGAGUGAAGGCACCCAGGAGUGCGCCGGGGCUGCCUGGCCGUCCGAUGAAACAAAACUGCCCCAUUGCCAUGUUGCCUGCCUAUACUGUUCGAAUGAUCUGGAGAGGGUUCGACUGCCCAACAGAAUGGAUCUCGUACGGGUGGGUGUGUGUGUGUUCGUGCGAGAGAGACAGAGAGUACUGUGUUAGAACAGUUUAGCAAGGCGCGGGCAAGCCCUCAAGACCAUAGAGACAUCCAAACGUAGCGCCUACGACCACAGCCGCGAUAAAACGUUGCUACUUGGAACUAUGGUUCAAAUAUGUUAUUUUAAUGAUCCCGAUAAGAAGCUAUCAACCUCACCGAGCGUCGUCAUUCGAUCAUUUCCCUCCCACCGGCACUCAAGGUUCAACACAUGAAAAACUGACUGUCCGGCGUUCAGCUCUCUCUUUUGGUUCACCAGUCUCACCAACUUCCCCACUUGACGCGCCUGCAGAGUACUUUCAUUGUGUGCAGAAGAAAGCGGUAAUAUUGGUGUUCAAGGGGUAGGGGCUGCAGAUUUUAUAGGCUUGCAGUGUAGUCCUCGGCUUAAAUCCCAAACCCGGUGUCAAAUCUAACCACGCGGAUCGCAGAAAUGUUAUUCCUUGUGACCAAAUGGUUGACAUUUGAUUUGAUAGUUUGCAGUGUGUAUUAUCACUUGAGUCUGAAUGACUCACUUUUUGCUUGCCAUUUUGAAGACAGUGUGGGCGUAGCUUUAACAUAUACAUCCAGGACAAUAGCUCUCAAAAAAUGUAUGAUUUUUAAAUAAUUUGAUCUUGUGAUAGUGGCGAUUCACUUCACAGCAGUUACUUCUAAUUAUAUGAUGUGGAAUUUAAGUCAAUUUUAGUAAUAAUGAAAAUGGUUUCCAUAUGUCGAA